AUGAGCGACGUUAUCAAGUCUCGGCGUGAGCAAUCACAGAAGCGAAAGAUGCUACUUGCUCAAACCUUCGGUGUGUCCUGUGUGGAAGACCUGAAGCACGUUCUCGGCACUGCGGAAGACUCACCAAUCAACAAAUCGCAACGGUACGAGGACGAAGAAGCGACCACUUCGAAAUCGUCCCAAACAGCGGAAGGAUUAGUGUAUCGAGAUUCGUCCACCUUUCUGAAGGGUACACAAUCGUCUAAUCCGCACAAUGAUUACUGCCAGCACUUUGUGGAUACGGGACAGCGGCCACAGAACUUCAUUCGAGACGUUGGCUUAGCGGACCGGUUUGAAGAGUACCCGAAGCUGCGCGAACUGAUCCGGUUGAAGGAUGAACUGAUAUCGGAAACUGCCACACCGCCGAUGUACCUUCGGGCGGAUCUGAAAACAUUCGAUCUAAAAACUCUCGGCACCAAAUUCGACGUGAUUCUGAUUGAGCCACCGCUGGAGGAGUACGCACGGGGUGGUGCGGCCGUGGCUGCUGGUGCUCCGCGUAACUUUUGGUCGUGGGAUGAAAUUCUUGCACUGGACAUUGGUGAGGUGGCCGCGCAUAGGAGCUUCGUGUUUUUGUGGUGUGGGAGUUCCGAGGGCCUGGACAUGGGACGCAACUGUUUGCGCAAGUGGGGCUUCCGAAGGUGUGAAGAUAUCUGCUGGAUACGGACGAACAUUGAUUCGCCCGGACAUUCGAAAAUUCUCGAACCGAAGGCGGUGUUCCAGCGGACGAAGGAACACUGCCUGAUGGGUAUCAAGGGUACGGUGCGCCGAUCAACGGAUGGGGAUUUCAUCCAUGCGAACGUGGACAUCGAUCUGAUCAUCUCGGAGGAAGCCGAUUUCGGAAGCUUAGAGAAACCGAUCGAAAUUUUUCACAUCAUCGAACACUUCUGUCUGGGACGCCGCCGGUUGCACAUCUUUGGGCGUGAUUCAACGAUACGACCCGGCUGGGUAACGAUCGGGCCGGAACUGACCAACUCGAACUUUAACAGCGAACUGUACGCCAAUUCGUUCGAGGAAAAUCCAACCACCGGCUGUACCGAGCGUAUUGAAGCGUUGCGACCAAAAAGUCCACCAGCGAACGGAAAAGUGUUACGGGGCCGUGGUCGCGGUUUUCCCCGUAUUCGGGGGAGAUCGCGUGUGUAG